AGGAUUAACAGUCGAAAUUGUGGAUUUGAGUCUAUUCGAGAAAGUCGGCCGACUGCGGUGUUAGUGGUUCUUUUGUGGAUAUUCUUCUAGUCAAAUCAUGACGUCUGCUACGGGAUCCCAAGUUCUUCCUAUCCGUUUCCAGGAGCAUCUACAGCUCACAAGUGCUGGGAUCAACCCAAAUAAUAUAACUUUCAACAACCUAACGAUGGAGUCGGAUAAGUUCAUCUGCGUCAGAGAGAAGAUGGGAGAAACGAACCAGGUUGUCAUUUUAGACAUGGCUGAUCCCACGAACCCGACCAGGCGACCGAUUUCCGCGGAUUCUGCCAUCAUGAAUCCUGCCUCAAAAGUCAUCGCUUUGAAAGCCCAGAAGAUGCUCCAGAUAUUCAACAUCGAGAUCAAAGCCAAAAUGAAGGCGCAUAACAUGACCGAGGAGGUGACAUUUUGGAAAUGGAUAUCUUUGAACUCCAUUGCUUUGGUGACAGAAAAGGCUGUUUAUCAUUGGGCCAUGGAAGGAGACUCAACGCCGCAAAAGAUGUUUGACAGGCAUCCGAGCCUGAACGGAUGUCAGAUCAUCAACUAUCGCACUGAUCUAAAACAAAAUUGGCUAUUGCUGAUUGGGAUAUCAGCGCAGCAGAACCGUGUUGUUGGAUACAUGCAGUUGUACAGCGUGGAAAGGAAAGUCAGCCAGCCGAUCGAAGGCCACGCCGCAUCCUUCACACAAUUCAAGAUGGAUGGAAAUCCAGAGCCAUCGACGUUAUUCUGCUUUGCCGUCCGCUCGCAAGCUGGUGGAAAGUUGCACAUCAUUGAAGUUGGACAACCGGCUGCCGGUAACCAAGCUUUUCCAAAGAAGCAGGUGGAUGUAUUUUUUCCGCCGGAAGCGCUGAACGAUUUCCCGGUUGCCAUGCAAGUGAGCAGCAAAUACGAUGUCAUCUACCUGAUUACCAAGUACGGUUAUAUCCACGUGUAUGACAUCGAGAGUGGCGUUUGCAUCUACAUGAACCGUAUAUCAAGCGAUACGAUCUUUGUCACCUGUCCACAUGAAUCGACUGGUGGUAUCAUUGGCGUUAAUCGCAAGGGCCAAGUUUUGUCAGUGACGAUUGAUGAAGAAAACGUGGUGCCUUACGUUACGAGUGUGCUGCAAAACCCGGACCUUGCCCUACGCAUCGCGGUGCGCAACAAUCUGGCUGGUGCUGAAGAAUUGUUCGUGCGGCGCUUCAAUUCUCUUUUUGCUGCGGGUCAGUAUGCCGAAGCAGCGAAAGUAGCGGCUUCCGCGCCGAAGGGCGUGCUGCGCACACCAGCCAUCAUUGCGCGCUUCCAAACUGUGCCCACACAACCUGGCCAGACUUCUCCACAACUGCAGUAUUUUUCAAUCCUUCUCGAUCAAAGCAAGCUCAACAAGUUCGAAUCCCUGGAACUCUGUCGACCUGUCCUGGGCCAGGGAAAAAAGCAACUUGUGGAAAAGUGGCUGAAAGAAGAGAAGCUGGAAUGCAGCGAAGAGCUUGGUGAUCUGGUGAAGCAGUCAGACCCGACGCUGGCCCUCAGCGUUUAUCUCCGUGCAAAUGUUCCCGCCAAGGUGAUUCAGUGUUUUGCCGAGACUGGACAGUUCCAGAAGAUUGUGCUGUACGCCAAGAAAGUGGGAUAUCAGCCGGACUAUGUUUACCUCCUGCGCAGCAUGAUGCGUACGAAUCCUGAGCAUGGUGCUUCGUUCGCUCAGAUGUUGAUCCAAGAUGAUGAGCCGUUGGCUGAAAUGGGUCAAAUAGUUGACGUGUUCAUGGAGUCCAACAUGAUCCAGCCAUGCACGGCAUUCUUGCUUGACGCUCUGAAGAAUAAUCGGCCGUCCGAAGGAGCGCUGCAAACGCGACUAUUGGAAUUAUUAGAUCACCGACGGGGCGUUGUGGUGCAGAUUGCGACCAAGUAUCACGACCAGCUCGGCACGCAGGCACUUAUUGACAUGUUUGAGUCAUUCAAGAGCUAUGAGGGAUUGUUCUACUUCCUUGGAGCCAUUGUUAACUUCAGUCAGGAGCCGGAGGUUCACUUCAAGUACAUUCAGGCCGCCUGCAAGACUGGGCAGAUUAAAGAAGUAGAGCGAAUCUGCCGUGAGAGCAACUGUUACAGUCCAGAACGCGUGAAGAAUUUUUUGAAGGAGGCUAAGCUUACGGAUCAAUUGCCGUUGAUCAUUGUGUGCGACCGAUUUGACUUCGUGCACGACCUUGUCCUGUACCUGUACCGUAAUAAUCUGCAAAAGUACAUCGAAAUCUAUGUGCAGAAGGUGAACCCAGCACGACUGCCAAUUGUGGUGGGAGGGUUGCUGGAUGUCGACUGUAGCGAGGAUGUCAUAAAGGGUCUUAUGGCUGUAGUGCGAGGCCAGUUUUCGACGGACGAACUUGUUGAAGAGGUGGAGAAGCGAAAUAGACUGAAGCUGUUGCUGCCGUGGCUCGAAGCACGCGUGCAUGAUGGCUGUGCUGAGCCAGCUACGCAUAACGCGCUUGCGAAGAUCUACAUCGAUGCAAAUAAUAAUCCGGAGCGGUUUUUGCGGGAGAACACGCACUACGAUUCCCGUGUGGUGGGUAAGUACUGCGAGAAGCGAGACCCGCAUUUGGCGUGCCUGGCCUAUGAGCGGGGCCAGUGUGACAAGGAGCUGAUGAGAGUUUGCAACGAAAACUCCCUCUUCAAGACUCUGGCUCGUUACUUGGUGCGAAGGCGGGAGCCGGAGCUCUGGCUUCAUGUUUUGGCAGAGACAAAUGAGUUUCGACGCCCAUUGAUUGAUCAGGCGGAUCGCACACGCGUGAUGGAUUAUGUGAAUCGGCUGGAUAACUACGAUGCACCAGACAUUGCAAACAUUGCCAUCCAGUCCGAGCUUUUCGAAGAAGCUUUCGCCAUAUUCCGCAAGUUUGAAGUGAAUGCAAGCGCAAUACAGGUGCUGAUUGAGCACGUGAAAAAUCUUGACCGAGCGUACGAGUUUGCCGAACGGUGCAACGAACCGGACGUGUGGUCACAGCUGGCUCGCGCCCAGUUGGAGCAGGACAUGGUGAAGGAAGCCAUUGACUCUUACAUCAAGGCGGAUGACCCGUCAGCCUUCAUGCAAGUUGUGGAUACCGCCCACCGUACCGGACACUGGGAAGACCUGGUGCGGUACUUGCUGAUGGCUCAAAAGAAAGCCCGAGAGGCCUACGUGGAGUCAGAAUUGAUGUACGCCUACGCGAGGACUGGCAGGUUGGCGGAGCUGGAAGACUUUGUCGCUGGACCGAACCACGCAGAUGUGGGCCGUAUUGGAGAUCGUUGCUUUGAUGCAGGCAUGUACGACGCGGCCAAAUUACUUUACAACAAUGUGUCCAACUUUGCCCGCUUGGCCAUCACGCUUGUCCACCUUAAGGAGUUCCAGGGUGCCGUUGACUCAGCACGCAAGGCCAAUUCGACGCGCACUUGGAAGCAAGUUUGCUUUGCAUGCGUUGAUGCUGGGGAGUUCCGUCUGGCGCAGAUGUGCGGGUUACACAUCGUUGUGCAUGCUGACGAGCUUGAGGACCUCAUCGGCUUCUAUCAAGACCGAGGUCAUUUUGAGGAGCUCAUCAGCCUCCUGGAAGCCGCGGACCCUGAUCUCGCACGAGUGUACCCGUACAAGUGUCUCGAACGACCAGGGCUCAGUUGUAAGGAUUCCAUUAGUCUUGACACGGGAGUGUUGCGCGCAGCUGAGCAAGCUCACUUGUGGGCAGAGCUGGUGUUCCUGUAUGACAAGUAUGAAGAGUACGAUAAUGCGGUGAACACGAUGAUGCAGCAUCCAACAGUCGCUUGGCGCGAGAGCCACUUCAAAGAUAUAAUGACGCGCGUGGCGAAUGUGGAGCUUUACUACAAGGCCAUCAAUUUCUACGUUGAGCAUAAGCCACUUGUGCUUAAUGACCUGUUGCUCGUUUUGUCGCCGAGGUUGGAUCACACUCGGGCCGUGACCCAGUUUGCAAGGGCCAACCAGCUCCAGUUGGUGAAGCCGUACUUGCGCGGCGUGCAGAGCCUGAACAACAAGGCUAUCAACGAGGCCCUCAACAAUUUGUUGAUAGAUGAGGAAGAUUAUCAGGGGCUCAAAACAAGCAUAGACGCUUUCGACAACUUUGACAACAUUGCAUUGGCGCAAAGGCUUGAACGUCAUGACUUGGUGGCGUUCCGUCGUAUUGCUGCCUACCUGUACAAGGGCAACAACCGAUGGGCGCAAAGUGUGGAGCUGUGCAAAAAGGACGAGCUGUACAAGGACGCGAUGGAAUAUGCAGCCGAGUCGAAGAAGCCGCAGGUGGCUGAAGACUUGCUAGCCUACUUCUUGGAACGAGGAAAUCGUGAUUGUUUCGCUGCCUGCCUCUACCAUUGCUACGACCUCCUCUCACCCGACUUGAUCCUUGAGCUAGCGUGGCGUCACUCGAUCAUGGAUUUUGCCAUGCCUUACUUCAUUCAAACUCUGCGGGAGUAUAAGACGAAGUUGGAUAAGCUGGAGGAAGCAGAACAGCGCCGCAUUGAGGAAGGGCCGACGAUGGACGAGAAACCGAUCUUGAUGGGCGAGCCGCAGUUGAUGCUGACGGCGGGACCGAUGGCUCUGGGGGGCGGAGGCUAUUCGCAGAAUCCGGCUGGUGGCGCUGCACCAUACCUGAAUGCUUAUGGCGCUCCGCCAAACAUGAAUGCUAUGGGUGGUGGCUACGCGGGAACAAGCGGCGUCUACGGCAUGUAGAGUGUGCCUUUGUUUCCGCGUCUUUUGCUACAUCUCCGGGGGCAUCAACCAGGGCACAUAUUUACUCCGCGUCCGUGUCAUUAUUUGGCCGGUUUAAUCUCAUCGCAUAUUUUUCCUGUUUUUUUGUUCUACUUAUUCUGAUGGCUGACUUCGCAUGUAUUGUUUCUCCGGAAAUUUGUUUCAUUUCUCGGUCAAUUACUGAUGGAUUGAACAAACAUUCCAGCUGUGCCCAAGGACUAUUUUUGGCCCCGGAUCUAGAUGUUUCGCGCUACUCCAUCCCAUUGUUCGCUAUUUAUUGCGUGUUGUGCCGGUGAUGGAGAACCUCGCUCAUUCCGAUUGCCGAUUAUGCCUAACUGCAAGUAAACAUGAUGCAGAUUUUGCUUGGGCAGCAGAAAUCGAAGAAAAACUUUCCUCUUGCCAGUUGCAGAGGCACCGCGAACAUGUUAGUAGAGAUGAGCGCCUAGUGUGACAAAUUGUGCCGUGUGCGAAAAUUCAUUAAGCCCCUCGAUGCGGUGCAGCUUCAGUGAUUUAGUUAGCCGUGACUGCAAUCGGAAGAAGUGACAAGACUCGAGUAUCUGGUGGUACGUGCGCUGCGGGGAUCCAAGUGCAUAUGAAUAUACACUUAUGGAAAUAUAUUGUAUGGAGAUGAGAAGUGAAAAAGGUUCAACUUGUUUGGGAUUUUAGUCUGGCAUAAUUUAUUUGGUUCCUGUGUUUUUUUUUGUUUUUUUUCUUCCCGCAUUGUGUUUCAGUGUUCUGUUAUGGGGAAAAGAAUUUAUGGAAUUUCGAAUCUGGAUGGAGCAAGCGUUGGAUGAAAAUAAAAGGAAUUGUUUUUAAGGGGUUUUCCAGGAAUACACUGGCAAUGCAAUUACAAAAGAUACUUAAUAUUGAAAAAGUAA